AUGAUUGCUGAUGUCCACAGCACGAGAGUACUGCAGCCUGGCGAAGUGCUCCCUUGGGGUUCCGUAGUCCCUCCCAGAGAUAUUCCUGGCCCGAGGAACAAACCUGAGGCCUGGAAGCUCAGUCCAGAACAACAUUCACAACUAAUUGAAGAGUACCUGCCAUCUGAGGGUGUGAAAGUGGUGAAGGCCAGGAGCAAGGCUCAUAAGCUGUUGGCAUUGUACUGCCGCAAGAAGGACUGGCAUCGAUGGCAAGCCGCGAUGGACCAUUUCCAGCAGCACGACAUCCCGGCCGAUGAGGUUACCUUUUCCCUCAUGAUGUUUGGGUACAUCAUGUGCCCUAAGCAUCCGGGUUUGGAUAUGGCCCAUUCGGUUUUGGAGGAGAUGAAACAGUGCGGGUUCGUCCAUCCUACUGUGGUGAAGUUUCACGAGGAAUUUCUACUAUCACUGCGGGAACUAGAGGCCUUUGAUGCUCGGCCGAAUACUGGGAACAUCAGACAGAUUAUGAGGAUGUUCUGGCAAAUAUCCAUGCUGUCGAAGCGUCGUCGUAUAAGGCUCUUCCAACAGGAUAUGGAGAGGAGAGUCCUGUCGGGGCAAUGGACAACUACGGGUAUUGAGCAUGGGGAAGGAGAGGAUGCUGGUGAGGCCCUUCGAGAGGCUGCACUGAAGGCAGCUUACGGCUACGAUGGGAUUCGAGUACCCGAGGACGAUGCUAGCGGUGUAGUUGAUGAUGGGGAUAAUGAGUACUUGGGGACCAAGAGCGCCUCGUGGAUGCCCGAAGGUUCCAGUAACAUAGAGAAGACGGGUGGAGACGUCCCUGAGGGAAACGUAGCUGAGGUGAGCUAG